AUGAUCGAACGGCCACCACCAAAGGAACCGGAACUGCCCCGCAGUAUCACACAUCGCAAAUUCAGAGAAUGGAACACAGAUACUGGUAAGAAAAAUACAAAGAAAGCAUUUUGGGGAAGGAUUGGAAAAGAAAGAGGAAUAAAGAAAGCUCGAAGACAUGGAAAGGGAAAAGAAGAAAAGGGAGAAUUCGCUAUCGCCAAGACCGAGCAAUUUACGCCAGCCUAUCUGUAUUUCCUGCGCUGGGGACCAUUUUGCGACUCAGUGCAGACAAUAAGAUACACUGGAAGGAAGACUACGCGUAAGGGAACUGAAAAAGUGUGA